AUGAAGGGUAAAGUCUUCAUCUUCCCCAAACAAACCUCCACAGACUAUGUGUCUUUGACACCAAUUAACAUUACCAAGCCAUUGGAGAAAGUCAGCGUCUGUCUACGUUCUUUCAGUGACCUCAUACACACCUACAGUCACUUCUCUCUAGCUACUCCUGGAAUGGGCAGUGCUUUUUAUUUCUAUGAAUCUUCCUUCUCCAGCUCUGUAUACAUAAAUCAGGAUUCCACCACUUUCAUGACAGGCGGGGAGCCCUUCGACUGGAGGCACACCUGUGUGACCUGGGAUUCGGACAAUGGAGUGGUCCAAAUAUGGAUCAACGGAAAGCUCUACCCCAGAAGGGUCUGCAUGAAAGGGUCUUCUAUCGCAGCCAAAACCAGCGUGGUUCUGGGGCAGAAACAGGAUUCUUUUGAGGGACAAUCUUCUCUUUGUGGCCAUUUGUUGGAGUGA